AUGCCAUUGCCUAAAGAAACCGUCCUUGCCCUUAUCGAAGGAUACUUGAAGCGUAAUGAUCUCGACGACAUUGCAAAGAAGUUGAAAAAAGUUGUCCAAAAGAAAGGUAUCACUAUUGAGGAUACCGAUGACAAGUUGGAGGAGAAGUUGGCAUCCGAUGCUCAGGAAUCCGAUGACGAGAGCGAUUCAUCUGCUGACGACGAAAGUGAGUCUUCGAGUUCUAGUAGCGAAUCUGAGUCAUCUUCAGAAAGUGAGGGAGAAGAAGAAGACUCAAAGAAGGAAGAGUCUUCGAGCUCCAGUAGCGAGUCUGGGUCAUCUUCAGAGAGUGAUGAUGAAGGGGAAGACUCAAAGAAGGAAGAGUCUGGUAGUUCCUCCUCAUCUGAGUCCAGUUCCUCCUCAUCUGAGUCCAGUUCUGAGUCCAGUUCUGAGUCCAGUUCUGAGUCCACUGCAGAAUCUUCCAAGAAGAGAGCCCAUUCCUCUUCUUCAUCCUCAUCUGAGAGUGAAACAGACUCAUCAGAUGAAGAGGACAAACAAACUGCAAAGAAGCAAAAGACCACCAAUCAGGAAUCCACCAAGAGCUCCACAUCGUCAAUCACAUCCGACGAUACUUCUAUUGCAGCAACACCAGAGCCAGAACUCAAACCAGGCCAAAGACACCAUUUCUCCAGAAUAGAUAGAUCCAAGAUCUCCUUCGAAGGCGACGCACUCACAGACAACACCUACAAAGGUGCAGCUGGUACAUGGGGUGAGAAGGCCAACGAGAGAUUGUCCCAAGUUAGAGGCAAAGAUUUUACAAAGAACAAGAAUAAGAUGAAGAGAGGUUCAUACAGAGGUGGUUCCAUCACAAUGGCCUCUGGUUCCUACAAAUUCAAAGAUUGAGAGCCCAAUUGCCUCGUCAUUCCACUCUUGCUAUUGUACUCGCAUUAAUCAUUAACCGAAUGUAUAACUUUCCAAUAGUAGAAUAUAAUUGUGAUAUUAUCCAUAUAUAGAACUGGCCAAAU